CGCUCUCUCCCCGCACUCGUCCGUCCACCGGAGCCCAUCCAGCCUCCUUUACUCGACUGACGACGGCCGGCGGAGCAUGCAGUCCUCCUCCGCGGCUCUUUGACCACCUGACAACUGUCGCCCGGCGAAAGUGACAUCCAACGGGGGAGGAGGAGGAGGAGGAGGCUUGGAUGGAAGACUGCUAGAGCGAGGUAUCCCCACCGUGGAGCCAUUUAUUGAUUUUUAUUGAUGAAUUAAACAGUUUUCUUUUUGGAAGGUUGUUCCCCACUUGGACUAAAGCUGCCGCCGGCGGCUCCAUUCCGUCGUCGUCGUCGUCGUCCACCAUGGCGAGCGAGCGGUGACUCGCAUUUGUCUCUUUAGAGUCAAAAGUCUCAAUCCGGAUUUUAAAUGGCUCAGUCGAGCUGCGAUUCCGGGCUGGUGUUUGUUUUGGCGUCACGAUAAACAACCGCGGGAGCUCCAGAAAGAGACUAUAAAACAAGGGAGGAUUUUCUCGGUUGUUUCUUCUUGUGGUUCCCCGGGCAUUAUGGCCGGUGAGUGGGGCUGGGGACGCCGGCCCGGGCUCCCCAAGGCUCCCCCAUGCUAGCCGAGGCGGAUGGCCCGGUCCCCCAUGGCAGCGACAGCUCUAUGAGGACAAGCGAUAGCGACCCUCCUUCGCCCAAAGCCGCCGCCGCCGCCGGCUCCUCGAUCCUCAUCUCCAAGAUGCAAGACGUCGUCAUUCCCUUCUCGUCCGAGGUGCCCUGUGACAAUAAUGGGCAGCGCAUGUGGUGGGCGUUCCUCGCCUCCUCCAUGGUGACCUUCUUCGGGGGGCUCUUCAUCAUCCUGCUGUGGAGGACCCUCAAGUACCUGUGGACCGUGUGCUGCCACUGCAACGUUAAAAGCAAGGAGGCUCAGAAAGUGAACAACCCCGCCAACAAUCAGUUACUAAAGGGUCCUGAUGAGAAGACUGAGGAGCUUCCGGCCAGUGAGGUGGGAUGGAUGACUUCGGUCAAAGACUGGGCCGGUGUCAUGAUCUCUGCGCAGACCCUCACUGGCAGAGUUCUGGUGGUGUUAGUAUUUGCACUCAGCAUCGGGGCCCUUGGAAUAUACUUUAUAGACUCCUCAGACCCUAUAGAAUCCUGCCAGAAUUUCUACCAAGACUUCACGUUACAGAUCGACAUGGCCUUCAAUGUCUUCUUCCUCCUUUAUUUCGGUCUCCGGUUUAUAGCAGCCAAUGACAAGCUGUGGUUCUGGCUAGAGGUCAACUCGGUGGUCGACUUCUUCACUGUCCCUCCUGUCUUCGUCUCCGUCUACCUGAACAGAAGCUGGCUCGGUUUAAGAUUCCUGAGAGCGCUAAGAUUGAUACAGUUCUCGGAAAUCUUACAGUUUCUGAAUAUCUUGAAAACAAGCAAUUCCAUCAAGCUGGUGAACCUGUGUUCCAUCUUCAUAAGCACAUGGCUCACCGCUGCAGGAUUCAUACAUUUGGUGGAAAACUCAGGGGAUCCUUGGGAAAACUUCCAAAACUCCCAGUCGCUCUCCUACUGGGAAUGUGUCUACUUACUGAUGGUGACCAUGUCCACAGUGGGCUACGGGGAUGUCUAUGCAAAAACCACCUUGGGGCGCCUGUUCAUGGUCUUCUUCAUCCUCGGUGGUUUGGCCAUGUUUGCCAGCUACGUCCCUGAAAUCAUAGAGUUAAUAGGAAACCGCAAGAAAUAUGGUGGUUCCUAUAGUGCAGUUAAUGGGAGAAAGCAUAUUGUGGUCUGUGGUCAUAUUACCCUCGAAAGUGUCUCCAACUUCCUCAAAGACUUCCUACACAAGGACAGGGAUGAUGUCAAUGUAGAAAUUGUUUUUCUCCAUAAUAUUUCCCCUAAUCUUGAGCUGGAAGCCUUGUUCAAACGUCAUUUUACACAAGUAGAGUUCUACCAGGGAUCUGUCCUCAACCCUCACGACCUGGCUCGAGUCAAGAUCGAGUCAGCAGAUGCCUGUCUCAUCCUGGCCAAUAAAUACUGCGCAGAUCCUGAUGCUGAAGAUGCCUCCAACAUCAUGAGGGUUAUUUCAAUCAAGAACUACCAUCCCAAGAUCAGAAUAAUAACACAGAUGCUUCAAUAUCACAAUAAGGCCCAUCUGCUGAACAUUCCGAGCUGGAACUGGAAGGAGGGCGACGAUGCCAUCUGCCUGGCCGAGCUGAAGGCGGGCUUCAUCGCCCAGAGCUGCCUGGCCCAGGGCCUGUCCACCAUGCUGGCCAACCUCUUCUCCAUGAGGUCCUUCAUUGAGAUCGAUGAGGACACCUGGCAGAAAUAUUAUCUUGAGGGAGUGGCUAAUGAGAUGUACACAGAGUAUUUGUCCAGUGCUUUUGUGGGCCUCUCCUUCCCUACUGUGUGCGAGCUGUGUUACGUGAAGCUGAAGCUGUUGCUCAUUGCCAUCGAGUACAAGUCCGAGCAGAGAGAGAGCAGCAUCCUAAUCAAUCCGGGCAACCAUGUCAAGAUGCAGGAAGGCACGCUGGGGUUUUUUAUCGCCAGCGAUGCAAAGGAAGUAAAGAGAGCUUUUUUCUACUGUAAAGCUUGUCACGAUGACAUCAGCGACCCUAAGCGGAUCAAGAAGUGCGGCUGCAAACGACUGAUUUAUUUAAUGGAUGAGGUUAGACCGUCUUUUCAAAACCGAUCCGUUAAAACCAGCGGCUGCCCUCCCACUGCCAUCACCUCAAACGCUUUCUCGCACAACGCCCUGCAAAGCAACCAGGACGCCUUGAUUAAGCCAGGCGCCAUCAACAUCCCCCUUGUUAAUAACCGUAAAGGAAGCCUGCUUCCCACGGGGCCGGCGCCUGCGGCUCGCCAUUCCAAACUGCGCCUCAGUAUAUCGGUGCCAGAAGACGCCAGAUCCUUGGCGGAGAGUCGGCUGAACCGGGCCCGCAGUCUGCCGGUGAAAUACCGCUACCACCCCAGUAAUGCCAUGCUGCACAGUCACAGUAGCCACUUCGAAGACGAGCAUCCGUCAGCGCUCUCACCGAAAAAAAAGCAGCGCAACGGAGGGAUGCGGAACUCGCCCAACUGCUCUCCCAAAAUGAUGAGUAGACACGACCCUCUACUAAUACCUGGUAAUGAACAAAUCGAAAACAUGGACAUGAAUGUGAAGAGGUAUGACUCCACCGGAAUGUUUCACUGGUGCCCGUCAAAAGACAUCGAAAAAGUCAUCCUGACCCGGAGUGAAGCCUCCAUGACGGUGCUGAGCGGCCAUGUGGUGGUCUGUAUAUUUGGGGAUGUCACGUCCGCUUUAGUGGGGCUGCGAAACCUGGUGAUGCCUUUAAGAGCCAGCAAUUUCCAUUAUCAUGAACUCAAGCCCAUUGUUUUUGUGGGCUCGCUGGACUAUCUGCGGCGAGAGUGGGAGACGCUACACAACUUCCCCAAGGUCUCCAUCUUACCUGGGACACCAUUAAGUCGGGCAGAUUUAAGGGCUGUCAACAUCAACCUCUGCGACAUGUGCGUAAUACUGUCAGCCAAUCAGAACAAUAUCGAAGAUGCUUCGCUGCAGGAUAAAGAAUGCAUUUUGGCAUCGCUCAACAUCAAGUCUAUGCAGUUUGAUGACAGCAUUGGGGUCUUGCAGGCUAAUUCCCAAGGUUUCACCCCUCCUGGAAUGGACAGGUCAUCUCCAGACAGCAGUCCAGUACAUGGCUUCGUGCGUCAGGCUUCCGUCACCACCGGAGCCAACAUCCCCAUCAUCACAGAAUUAGAUAAGCCAGGCAAACCGCUGCCAUCGCUUUCACUCAGUCAGGAAAAAAAAAGUGGGACCAACAUACAAAUGAUAACAGAGUUGGUGAACGACUCUAACGUUCAGUUCCUGGACCAAGAUGACGACGACGACCCCGACACGGAGCUGUACCUCACCCAGCCCUUCGCCUGUGGCACCGCCUUCGCCGUCAGCGUCCUCGACUCCCUGAUGAGCGCCACGUACUUCAAUGACAACAUCCUCACAUUGAUCAGGACGCUGGUCACCGGAGGAGCCACACCAGAGCUGGAGGGCCUGCUGGCCGAGGAGAACGCUCUGCGAGGCGGCUACAGCACGCCGCAGACGCUGGCGAAUAGAGACAGGUGUCGCGUCGCCCAGCUCGCCCUCUACGACGGGCCCUUCGCUGACUUGGGGGAUGGCGGCUGCUAUGGGGAUUUGUUCUGCAAAGCACUGAAGACAUACAACAUGCUGUGUUUUGGAAUCUACAGAUUGAGAGACGCUCAUUUAAGUUCACCGAGCCCGUGUACAAAACGAUACGUGAUCACCAACCCACCGUACGAGUUCGAGCUGGUGCCCACAGACUUGAUCUUCUGCCUCAUGCAGUUCGACCACAACGCGGGUCAGUCUCGAACCAGUUUGUCCCACUCGUCCCACUCCUCUCAUUCCUCCAGCAAGAAGAGCUCGUCCAUCCACUCUGUCCCAGCCUCCAACCGGCAGAACCGCAGCAGUAAAACCCGGGAAGCCCGAGACAAACAGAAUGCAACAAGGAUGAAUAGAAUGGGCCCAGAAAAGAAAUGGUUUACAGAUGAACCGGACAACGCCUACCCACGGAACAUUCAGAUCAAGCCCAUGAGCACUCACAUGGCCAAUCAUGUCAACCAGUACAAAUCCACAAGUAGUCUGAUUCCACCCAUACGAGAAGUCGAAGACGAAUGCUGAAUGCCGCUUUUAACGUUUUAGCUCGCUCACUCAGCAGACAUCUUGGAGAAGUGACUAAUACAAGAACUGGACAGGAAACCGAACUGGACCUGCUAUGUGUAUACCUUUAAUGUUACUUCCAUGCUCUUUGGACAUUGUUUUAUUUAUUGAUGUAUCCAUAGAGAUGUAAAUAAUGACAAUCAAAUAACGCAUUGUACAGCCCCCCUCCUUCCCCCUAGCACUUUUUGGGAAUUAUUAUUUGAAGAUUCAACGAGAGAGCAAGUGAGAGAGAAAGUACUUCCUGUAAUGCUUUGCAAUAUUUCAUUAAGGCUACACUAAGGGUAACUGCUUAUUGGAUGAUGAGGCUUGCAUCAUCACCCCAAAGAUCCUACCGGAUGCGACUCUUCCAACCAGCUUGGCUCUCCAUCUUGUGUACUUCUGUCCUAUUUGCACUACAAGAAAAAAACAAAAAAACUAUAACAUAGUCAUGUUCACAAAGAACUGUGGUUUUGGAGAAGAGACGAUGUAUGAUCCCAUUAUGUAGAUCCAUUCAUCUGUAGUUUGAAUGAAGAAACAGCCAAGUAGCCUCAGAAGGUUAAUAAGAAAGAUGACCCAACCAUGUUUGAGCAAAAAAGCAGCAGCAGCAGCUUUUGGGAUCACAAAAAAAAGAACCGCAGUUGAAAAAAGAAGUGCCACGUAUCGCGUAAAAGUGGGCGCCAACCGGGUCCUCCUCUGACCUCAAGAGACUGACUGCCUGGCAUGGGGUUGGCACGGAGGCUGUAAAAAAAGCACUUGGAUGUUCUCCGUCACCAAUCCCAGAUGUCAAUUGCCUCAAAUAAACCAAAAAAGAAAAAAAAAAAAAAAAGAAAGAAACCCUCAGGAGUGAAGCUGCUCUGUGCUGUGCUGUGCUGCUCAAGGAAAGGAGGAAAAGCUCAAACGUGGUUGGGUGUAGAUGCGACGCUAAGGGUACAUACUUGCGGUUUUUGUUUAGUAAGGACUCCCAAAACAUUUGACUUUUAAAAGAAUAGAGGCAAAAAUACAAGACAAGUACAUAUCAUUUGCGUUAUGCCCCCCAGACAUCUAUGCUUUACCAAAAGAGUAUUUUUUUAACUCGCUAACCGCCAUCUUCAGCCUGGCAGCUCGCCUCUGCAAAAGUCACCUGAAACUCAAGCUUACUUGGACAAAUAAGCUAAAUGAAGCAUUCUUAGCUACGAGCAUGCGGACUGAAAAAAAUGGUUUAAAAACUUAUAGAGAGAGAGAGAAAUAUACAUCUAGAAGAGUUGUAACAAUAAUAAUAAUACAUGAGAGUCGCUUCCUCUGACUGAGUGACCUUAUUAAAUGUUUGACCUAAAUUAGGUCCCAAGUGCGAAGAUGUAAGAGAGUGCACACAUUGCAAAGUGUGACCAUGUUGGUUGUUCUUAUGUGUGUGUUUUUUAUUUUGCAAAAUACGAUUUAAAACCAAGAGAGAACUUCUUGCCGCGUCUCUCGUCUAUAGGCUGUAAAAGAAGUCAUACUUGGAAAAGAACAUAUAUUGUGCUGUCGGUGUUUGUGUAAACUCAACCCCACUUACUUUUACGGUAUAGAAGUGCGUUUCUUUCAUCGGAGCUAAAAACCACAUCGGAAAAGCUUUAAUGUCCGUCUGUUGCGUGUGGUGCAACUGUAAUGAAGCCUCAUGCACAUUGUCCUGAAGUGAAUUUUGAACUGUGAUCAUAUCGUCGUCACACUUGUAGCAAAUAGAUUUCACUGAGAAAAAAAAAAAGAAACAAACAAAUGACAACCUGUACACGUCUUCAAAAUUGGAUUACUAUUUGACCAUAGCAGCGACAUAGAAUCAAGAUAAUGUUUCAAGCUAAAGAAAGGAAGGUAGCACCAAUGCGAUUUUACUGAGAGAACAUCCUUAAUUUUCCUGCGUUUUAUGGCUCUGUGUUCAUACAGCAUUGACAUUCCAUUUUUGGCGUCACUUUUGUUUACAGACUAUAUUUUUGAGGUCCUUAAACAUAAUCCCGCAAUAACACGCUUUCAUGCUGCAAAGUGGCUUUAACACAGCUGCAAAGUGGCUUUAACACAACUACACUGAUUAAUGUCUGAGGCUUUUUUUCUUUUUCUUUUGCGAUGUGUCUCCUUGUCAUUGUUCUCUUGUCUGUGUUUUGCAUUGUAUACCUCGAUGUGUUUUGUUUUUUGUUUGUUUUUGAAGUGCCAUGAAGAGUUGUAGUUGAGCAUCCUUCAGUCAUUCAGGGACACAAGCUGGCUUUUUUAAACUAUUUUCCACUGUGACGUCAUUGUCUUGCGCCGACACGGAGAACAUCCAAGCCGUCAACGCCUCCGUGCCGGUGCAAUGCCAGGCAGUGCUAGAAGGUCAAGAGGAGGGCCCGCGUCAAGACCCGCUAUUCGCGACAAGUGGCAUUUUCUCAUAUUUCAUAGGUGUUAGUUACAAUACGGAUGACUGAACGAUGCACACGUUGUACACUUAACCGUCAUAUGUGACUGUAUGCUGCACUUCAUGCGUUCAUCUAUUUUUGCUGUAAAGGAAUGGCUAGAAUAACUUAUUUGCUGGAAGUUGUACAAGAUAUUCUAAUAUAGAACACAUACAGAGACUGGAGUUGGGUCCCAAGUCUUAAAUAAUGCAUUACAAAUUGCAUUUUUCUGUUGUUAUUUUCAUCAAUAAAAGAGGAAUUCAGGCAUCACGUCGUCAUCCACCGCAGCAAAUCGAGCGUUUGACAUAGCAGUCUUGUUUUGGAUGUGUUCUAGACAGGAUGGAUUAUUUUGAUGGUGCUGAGUUGAUCUACCUGACUCUGUCAAAUAUAGUCUGCUGAUAAAUAUACUGUCUUGUACAAAAUGUUUGUACAUAGAUUGUACAUGGUUUCUUUUUGUAUUUUCUCAAAUUAAAAUGGAUGUAUUUGUGUUCUAAACCUGAAAA